AUGACGUCAUUCCCUCGCCGCGCGUCCUCCCUCCCCCUCCUCUCACUCCUAACCCUCGUCGCCCUCCUCGCGCGCAUCGCCCUCCUCCGCGGCGCGGAAGCCUACAACGGUUCGAACCCCCCGGGGUGCGUCGUGAAGAUGGCGGAGAGGGACCGGGAGGCCAUGCGCGCGGUGUACGCGGCGCUACCCCAGGGCAUGUUCUUCUGGUACGACAGCCCAUCCUCGAAAGAGCUCUUCGACAGGAGCGGCAACCUCACCUACAACUGCUGCGCCCCGUCCAGCAUGAGGCCCCCGUCGUGCAUGAUCUGGUGUCAAAUCGAGUGCACAGCCGCCGGCCGCAUCACCGGCAUCUACUCCGACCCCAGUCUCUAUGACAUGCCCGGGCCCACCGGGUAUCUCGGAGGGAGCUGCCCGCCCGGCGCGCUGUCGCCCGCCAUUGGCGAGCUCGCGGAGCUCUCCUCGCUGGUGUUGCGCCACUCGUGCCUCGCCGGCGACCUGCCGGACUCCGUCACGCGCCUCCAAAAGCUGACGGAACUCGACGCGCCCGAUAAUAGCUUCUCCGGCCCCCUUCCGCUCGCGAUUUUCCGCGCGCCUGCGCUGCGCGAGUUGCGCCUCGAGGCCAACAACCUCACGGGGGAGCUACCGGGGGAGGCGGGAGCGUAUUCGCAGAGCAUCGUCGCUCUCUCCCUGCGUAGCAACGGGCUGACCGGCGGCAUUCCGGCCGUGGUGUCGGAGAUGACGGCGCCGAGGGAGCUCGACCUGGGGGACAACGGCCUCAGCAACCAGCUCUCUGGCGACGCGGCCGCGCUCCCGCCUCUCCCGCGCAGCCUCAGCCACCUGAACGCGUCGCGCAACAACCUCACCUGCAGCGCCGGCAGCACGUUCGUCGCGACCGUCGUGGACCUCUCGCACAACCGCAUCGCCGGAGCGCUGGCUGAAGUCAUGCGCGUGAGCGCGGAGGUGCUGCGCGUGGCGCACAACGAGCUGUCGGGGAGCAUCCCCGCGGACCUGCUUUCCGCCGUGAGCCACGAGCUCGAUCUCUCGCACAACCUGCUCUCCGGCGCAAUUCCCUCCCUCUCCGGCCCCAUCAAUCGCAUCGACCUGUCGUACAACAACCUUACGGGCGAGCUCCCGCGCGACACGGACGCGUACCAGCACAGCCUCGAGUCGCUCUCGCUGCGCGGCAACAAGCUGACCGGCGCAAUUCCGACGGCGCUGCAGGCGAUGCGCGCACUGACGCACCUGGACCUCGGGGAGAACCGACUGUCGGGCGCGCCCACGGCGCUCGCGUCGCUGCGCGAGCUGGACGUGGUGCGCCUCGACGGCAACGCGCUGAGCGGGCCGUUUUGCGACGCGCUGCUGCCGGCGCGCGAGCUCUAUCUGGGCUUCAACGCCUUUGGCGGCGACGGCGCGGACGCGGAAGGAGGAGGCGAUCUGCACGGGUGCGUGAUACCUGCGCAGGUGGAGGUUCUAAGCGCGCCGCACGCGGGGCUGAGGGGGAGCGUUCCGGGGGACCUGUUCCUGCGAGUGGACGAGCAGUGGGGGCGCAUUGUCAUGGGGUCGCCAGCACGUGUGUUGCCAACGCAGAUCCUGCACGUCAACCUCAGCCACAACUGCCUCACGGGCAGCGUGAAAGCAAUCUCCGUGAUCCGCAAUGGGAGCCUGGUCGUGUCGCACAACAAUUUCACGGGCAGCAUUCCCGAGGGGUUGUUCCGCCUGGCGAGCACCGGGGGCCUGGAGCGCGGGGCGAACGGGAGCGCGGAGAGCAGCAGGGUGGGAGGGCAAGGGCGAGGAGUGGUGGACGUGCGAUUCAACGAGCUGUCGGGGCCGCUGUUUGACGCGCGCAGGGACGCGCAGGGGCCCACGGACUGGAGCGUGCUGCGUGUGAGCGGCAACAGCGCUGCCAUGAAGGGCGCCAUGGGCGCGGGGUACCUACCCGUGCCGUCGCCAGGCGUGCAGGCGUCCGCUGCGGAGACUGAGGCUCUGCUGGCCGUGCGCGAUGCACUCCUGUGGGAAGCAGCGGGGGAAGCAGGUGGGGGAACAGAGGUGGGAGCGUUGGUGGAUGGCGGAAACAGCUCGUGGGCGGCGAUACUGAGCAACUGGGAUGCGAGCAGCAGCAGCGCGUGUGAGUGGUACGGCGUGGGGUGCACAGCAGACGGGCACGUGCACACGCUGCACCUGCUGGGCGAUGCCACGGUUGCACUGCACCCCAACGUGGUCCCGGACAUGCCCGACUGCCAGAACGACCAGCUCGGGGACAUGUCAUGCACCUCCGAGCCUCCCCACACCGCACACUUCUUCUUGCAGGGCCUGUCUGCCGGGAGCGGCAGCUGCAGUGUAAGCGGGAGUCUGUCGGAGGCGUUGGGGCAGCUGACGCAGCUGACGUCUCUACGCAUCUCCGGGCACGCCCUCCCCGGCGGCCUGCCGCCGUCCCUCUCACGGCUCUCACACCUCGUCGCUCUCGACCUCUCCUCCAACCGCCGCCUCUCCGGCUCCAUCCCCCCCGCCCUCUUCGCCCUCCCCUCGCUGCGAGAGCUCACCCUCCGCGGGAACAACCUCACGGGAGCAGCCCUCCCAACCACCACUGCAGCAGCAGCAGCAGCAGCAGCGCUCUCACCAAGUCUCGAGAGUCUAGACGUGGGGGGGAAUGCUCUCUCGGGGUCCAUAGCAGCGCGGGUGAGUCUUCUGGCGGGGCUGACGCGCCUGGCGCUGGACCACAACCGGCUGGACGGCAGCUUGCCAAGGGAGCUCGGCGCGCUCUGGAUGCUCCGAGACCUGCACCUGCAGGGGAACGCCCUCCGGGGCGGGCUCCUUGAGGUCGCCACUGCCAUCGAUGCGUCUGCCAACGCUGCUGCUGCUGCUGCAGGGGGGGUUGUGCAGUCCACCCCUUUCCCACGCAUGCGCUACCUGAACGCGUCGUACAACAACCUCACAUCCAAAUUCGAGCUGAACGUGCAGACGAUUGCAUCCGUGGUGGACCUCUCCCACAACCAGAUCCGUGGCACGCUGGAUGACGUAAUUGGCGUGGCCUAUUGGCCGCAUGCGUCGAUGGAUGUGCUGCGCCUGUCACACAACCAGCUGUCAGGGGAAGUGCCCAUUUGGCUGUUGAGAGAAGUGGGCGGAGAGCUGGACCUCUCCCACAACCUGCUCAACGGCACGCUGGAAGACAUAGUUGACCGGCAUUGGUGGCAGCAUGCGUUCAUGGAUGUGCUGCGCCUGUCACACAACCAGCUGUCGGGGAAUGUGACCUCGUAUCUGCUGAGAUCAGUGGGUGGAGAGCUGGACCUCUCCCACAACCUGCUCUCCGGCACGCUGGCGGCGCUGAAUCCAGCAAUGACCGCCAUCAACCUCUCCCACAACAACUUCUCUGGUGCCAUCCCUGUCGAGAGUAAAGCACAAGCGGCAGAUGUGAGCGCGCUGCGCAGCCUGGAUGUGUCUCAUAAUGCCAUCACCGGGGGGCUGCCCGCUGUGGGUGAGAGGAGCAGCGGCGGCGGCGGCAGCAGCAGCAGCAGCAGCAGUGGGGUCACGGGCCUCGCGUAUCUCGACCUCUCCUUCAACUCCUUCUCCGGCGCCCUUGCACAACAAAACCUGCCAUUCACAUCCACAGGCGAAUGCAGUGUGAUGCAGAGCGGUGCAGAGGUGCGGCUGAGCCACAAUGCACUGACUGGGAGCAUCCAGGAUGCUGUCUUCUCCCCAUGCCUCUCCCUGUUGGACCUCUCCCACAACCACCUCUCCGGCCCCAUCCCAGACCCUCUCAAGGCCAACAACCAGAGCGCCUCCCAUCCCGCUCUUUCCCACUUGGACCUCUCAUCGAACCAGCUCACAGGACCCAUCCCCGAUGCUCUCAUUACCAGCCUCACAGAACUAACUCACUUGAGCCUCUCCCACAACCAGCUCACAGGACCCAUCUCUGAUGCUCUCACCACCAGCCUCACUGGUCUAACUCACUUGAGCCUCUCCCACAACCAGCUCUCUGGCUCCAUCUUGCCUCUAUCUGCCUGCCCUCGCUGCACUCACAUUGACCUCUCUUACAACCUCUUAACUGGUGCCAUUCCUGACCUACUCCAGGGCACCACUCAGAACUCCUCCCGUCUCCCUCUUUCCCACUUGGACCUCUCGUCCAACCAGCUCACAAGACCCAUCUCCGAUGCUCUCACCACCAGCCUCACAGGUCUAACUCACCUGAGCCUCUCCCGCAACCAGCUCUCUGGCUCCCUCCUGCCUGUGGCUGCCUGCUCUUGCUGCACUCACAUGGACCUCUCUUACAACCUCCUCUCCGGUGCCAUUCCCCCCCUCCUCACCUCCUCGACCUCCCCCCUUGCCCACCUCAACCUCAGCAGCAACCUGCUAUCAGGCUCGCUGCCGCGCUCCCUCACCCUCGCCCCCAUGCUCACCCAUCUGGACCUCUCACGCAACAAGCUCAAAGGCUCCCUGCCUGCCUUCUGCCAGGGCAAGCAGCGCCUCGCCUCUCUCCUCCUCUCCUCCAACGCUUUCUCCGGCCCCCUCUCCUCCCUCCUCCCCUCCUUCUCCUCCUGCGCCUCAUCCCUCCUCUCCCUCAACGUCUCCACCAACCAGCUCUCUGGCUCGCUCCCCGCAUCCCUCUCGCACUUCACCGCGCUGCACUCCUUGCAGACGGCGCGCAACCGCACGAGCGGCAGCAUCCCUGCAGGGCUGGCGUCCCUGAAGGCCCUGCAGGAGCUGGACGUGUCGUGGAGCGGGCUGUCAGGCACCAUCCCUGCACGCCUGUGUGUUGCUGCCCCCUCCUUGCAAGUGCAACUCGCUGGCAACUCCCUCUCUGGCUCCGUCCCCCCCCCCCCUCUCCAACCUGCCCACCUCCUGCUUCCGCCCCGGCAACCCCAAGCUCUGUGGGAAACCCCUGCCUGA